AUGGAUGAGUUCAGGAUCAACCGGUGGGGGUCAGAUGGUGUUCAAUACUGUCGGAGGGGUCCACGGGAGGAGUUUAGGGAGGAGAAUGUUGACCCAGAGAUAAAGCAUGGAGGCGGGUCAAUCAUGUUAGGUGACGCACUCCCGGACUUUGGCUUGAUCCCUUCUCGCUAA